AAAGAACAGAAGGUGCAGCAGAGGAGGAAAAGCAACGUGGCAAUGAAUGACAUGAAGCGACAUGAUUUUGUUAAAAGUUGCACCACAUUAGAAGCAUGGCAUACCGAAUUGGAUAAAUACCCGAAACAUAUCAAGUAGACGGUGGGAAAGUUUGUAUAUUAUCGUCUAACCCUACCGGCCAACCAUUGUCGCCCUCAUCGUCGCCGACCGAAGAUAAACUUCACGUUUACUGUUGUGCUGUUCCUAGUUCUCCUCGGAGAAGUCACGUCCGAAUGCUGCAGACCACCUUGCUCAGAUGGAACUUUUGGGAGUCCUUAUUGCGGCGUUGGCAAGUGCAAUAUGUUCGGAUGCAACUGCAAUGGCGGGUGUAGAAGAAGAGGAUCAGACGCUUCUUGUUGCCGCGAACGAAAUGGAAAAUGCGCAGAUGGAACUCGUGGGUCUCCCUAUUGCGGCUAUGGCAAGUGCAAUAUUUUCGGAUGCAGCUGCAAAGGCGGGUGUAGAAAAUGAAGGGUCAGAUAUUUGUCAAAGACGUUAUUUAUUGUAAGAAUAGUUUGUGAAAAUGCAAAAUAGAUUUAUACCUUGGGCCAAGGUUCAUCUUGAACAAAACAAAGUUUUUUAAAUUCCUAGUUUGUUUUUUCCAACAAAUCAAUUUUACGGAUGCACCACAAUAGAAGCAUGGCAUACCGAAUUGGAUAAAUACCCGAAACAUAUCAAGUAGACGGUGGGAAAGUUUGUAUAUUAUCGUCUAACCCUACCGGCCAACUAUUGUCAUCCUCCUCGUAAUUGCUUCGACCGAAGAUGAAUCUUACGACUGUCUUGCUGUCCCUAAUUCUCCCCAGAGAAGUUAAAAUGAAAACCGUAGAGUGUGCGAGCAAAAGCGUUAAAAUAAGAAGGCCACCGUUGAAUCUGUUGCAACCAACCUUUUCUAGUCUGCAAAGAAGAGCUCUAUCUCUUUCUUUCAAGCUAAAUUGGACAUUCUUCUUCUGCCCGAAACUCGACAUGUAGUAUACAUUUACAAAUGCAUGUAUACUCUACAUCUUACAUGUAAACGGAGACAACAACCCUGACUGACAAAGGCUGACUGCCACACCACCCACCCUCGAAGGGAAGGAAACACUACGGCACAAGGAUAUUUUCCUAUUGGAAAACAUCGUAAACACCCCCGGGGCAGCUAGACCAAUCCAAAUGCCGCAAACUGUUGCCAAUCCAAAAUGGCUUCCUCCUCGCAGAUGCUGCGUGUGAAAAAUCCAAUAAGCAGAGCAGAGCAGAGACCCGGACGCGGACCCGGACCCGGGCCGAGCUGAUUUCAGAGGCAGAAAGGACAAUCAGAAGUUAUUGCAACACAGUCUUCCAAGCAGAACAGACCCAAGGUCUUCCAAUUGCAGCAGAUAUCAAAUCGCACAGCCAUGCAGCACCCCCACCCCAGCGAUCAGCCCACUUACAUGCCGGACGUGCCGUUCCAGCCCCUAUGGGGACAGGAGGCGCCUCCACCUCCGCCCAUAGUGCCCUACCAAGAGCUCAUCGCUGGCUUCCCAUGCACCGAAUUGUCACUCUGGCAACGCUCUCAGGUAGCCCCCCUGGUUCCCCAACGUCCCAGCACACAUGGCCGGUCCAACGGAUCCUCCAGCUCCUCCUCCAAGAAGACCCGUCGCCGGGUGGCCUCCAUGGCCCAGAGACGAGCCGCCAAUAUUCGCGAGCGCCGUCGCAUGUUCAACCUGAACGAGGCCUUCGACAAGCUCCGUCGCAAGGUGCCCACCUUCGCCUAUGAAAAGCGUCUCUCCCGCAUAGAGACGCUGCGCCUGGCCAUCACCUACAUCGGAUUCAUGGCCGAGCUGCUCAGUGGCACGCCCUCGAACUCCCACUCACACUCCCACUCCCACUCGAAGUCCCGUUCUGAUGUCUAUCCCGGCAUGAACGGACACCACCAGGCAGCCCCACCUUCGAUGCACCCCCCCCAUCACCUGCACCCAGCGGCGGCAUAUCAUCGAGACUUUGCCUCUCCCUACAGCCACAGCCUGACAUAGGACUCGCAUUGUGGAUAACCGCGGACUAGAAAAUGUAAAGCUUUUGCUUUUGAAAAGAAUACAAGAUGAUUAAGUGCACAUCCACAAUCCUUUUUGUGAGUGAUAACAAAUAAAAUUAGAACACCCCAUCCAAGUGUUUGAUGUUUAAUAGUAAUCGAAUAACAACAAGGAACUACGAUCAAAUGGACUGUAGUCGAGUUUUUAGUAAUCGUCUCAUCAAAAGCCAAUCAACCAGUUGGCUUUCAACCCGAAAUUCGGUUACUUAAAAAUCAAAUAUUGUACACCACCAACAUGUCCAGGAGUACACCUGAUAAUCCCUUUAAAUAGCCAAUAUUAAAGGCUGGCAGUAAGCCUCGCACUUGUUUCGAACAAUUUCAUGCCCUGCCGCGAUGCCACGAUGCCAUGAUUUGCGUGCGAAUCCUUCCAGCUGCUGGGUACACCAGACACCCCCCCCCCCCCCC